UGAAAGUGAAUUGAAGGCGAACACCAUAACUUGACCAAUUGACACCUUUAACAAUGUCGAAUUUGGCAAGACUACAAGAGAUAGUCACAUUCUCACAGGAUGCGAGUCCUGCCGAUAUACUAAAUGAAGAUAAUGAGAGUGAAUAUUCAUACUACAGUGAUAGUGAGGACGGAGGCGACAUUGACUCUGAGUAUCAACUAUCAGCGCAAGAGCAUUGGGAGGAAAGUAUUCAUCAAGUAAGGCUUCUUGUUAAUCAAAUAAUAUUUCCGUUAUUAGGAAAAGUAUUGGGUAGAAGAGCUAGUCAUUUGAUAUGGAAGAGAGUUGCUGAUUGGUGGUUUAUUUGACUGAGUGGAGCUUUGUGUAUAUAUCGAAUUUAAUGAGAAGUAAUGAUAAUAAUAAAA